AUGCAUCUUUUUAAAAUAAUUAUUUCAAUAAGUUUAUUAUGGAAUACAUCAAAUGGAAAUUAUCGAAUAUAUGAAACAAUAACUAAAAAUAAUUCAACUGUUUUUGAUUGCUUAUAUAAUUUAGUAAUAGAGGGUGACGAUUCUCCUCAGAUGAAAAAGGAUUUACAUAUUGAUAGUAUUCCAUUUUGUCGACAAUCGCCAAUGAAAAAUAAUAAUGAUAUUUUACCGAUAAAUAGUCAACAAUGGACGUUUGAUCAACUUCGUCGAAUGAAUAUUUCAUUCAAACAAUUAUACGAUUGGUAUGUACCAUUAGAUAUUAUAGAAGAAUAUUUAUUAGAACAAUCAAAUGGAACAAUUGUUAAUUGUUCAAACAAGAAUAAUUAUUGGUUUGGAAAUCGUUGUCAAUAUACAUUGGAUUCUGAUCGAUCAUUGAAAGAUAUUUUAUGGGAUCGAUUUGACGCUAAAGAUGAAACGAAAGAUGAUUUAUUAACAAUUACAAAUGGAACAUGUUAUUUAGUGCCUAAUGAUCAAUGUCAAUCAAUUUUAUGUUUAGAUUGGAGAGAAAUUUGUGAUGGAAAAAUCGAUUGUACAAACGGAUUUGAUGAAUACCAUUGUCAUUUACUUGAAAAGAAUGAAUGUGAUGAAAUAAAUGAAUUUCGUUGUUUAAAUGGUCAAUGCAUUGAUAAAACAUUUUAUAGAGAUGAAUAUGCUGAUUGUAUGGAUUAUACCGAUGAAGCAUUUCAAAAUAGUGACGAAUGUUUUUAUAAAUUUUAUACCCGUUGUGAAGACCAUUCAUGUCCUAAUAUGUGGUUUUCUUGCGGUGAUGGAUCCUGUUAUGAUGGACCGAUAAACUUAAAUACAACACUUUGUGGAUCUAAAAAAGAUUAUCUCUAUUUUCAAAAAAUCUCAUCAUCACCAUCACCAUCAACAUUGAUUUUAUUUUCUCAUAUACAUUUUAUUUACAAAGAUUUGAAACCAGAAAUAAUAUGUUAUAAUCAAUCGUUAUGUCCGUAUUUAUUUAAUACAGAACAUUUUGAAAUAACGACAACAUCAUUAAAUGGUUUAACAUGUCAAUUAUUAGAUAGCAAGAUAAUAGAUGUGAAACGAUUUGUUCAAUCAUGUUCAUUAUUACCUUCAGAAAAUCAAUGUUUUUUAUUUAAAUGUAAUGAUGGUAGUAAAUGUUUUUCUCAACAACGAUUAUCCGAUGGUUAUAAAGAUUGUUCCAAUGGUGAAGAUGAAUAUCAGAAUAAUACUUGUUUAUUAAAUUAUUCUUUUCGAUUUAAAUGUGAUCAAGGAACACGAUGUAUACAUCCAACUGCGAUAGCAAAUAAAUUCAAAGAUUGUAAUGAUGGAAAGGAUGAAACAUAUUUUAUACGUUCGUUAUGUAAACUGGAGUAUUCAGAUGAAUGUCGUAGUUUUUUAAAUCAAUCUCGUCGAUUUAAUUUCAUUUUUGUACAACUUUGCAAUGGUUUUACUGAAAUUUCUUCUGAUUUAGAAGGAAAUACAGAUGAAACGGAUUGUCGUAGCGAUGAAUGGAAUUGUGUUAAUUUUCAUACAAAAUGUGAUAAUAUUUGGAAUUGUCCAAAUGGAGAAGAUGAAUUAGGUUGUGGAAAACCAAAUUUAGCUUCACGUCAUUGUAAUAAAACAACACAUUUUUGUUUGGAUAUUCAAAAUGGUUUACCAAUAUGUUUACCUUUAAAUAAAGCCAAUGAUGGUAUUAUUGAUUGUAUCGGUUCAAUAGAUGAACGAUCUUUUUGUCGUUCAAAAUAUCCAUAUGAUUAUGUUCUUCGAUAUCGAUGUUUAAAUUCUGAUAUAUGUAUUUCACCAUUUCAAAUAUGUGAUUGUCAUCAAGAUUGUCCUUUAAAUGAUGAUGAAACAAUAGCAUGUCGAUGGAUGAAUAAUGGGCAAACAUCAUUAUGUCACAAACAUCAUUUUCGAUGUAGAAAUGGAAUAGUAUAUAAUCAUACACAUGGAAUUUUUCGAUGUGAUGGAAUGAAUCUUCAUUGUGUAGAUGGAGAAGAUGAACUGUUUUGUGAUUUAAUUGAAUAUCAUUCUCGUACUCGAUUACAUUCUUUAGAUAUCGAUAAUUAUCCUUUACAGAAACAAGUUAAACAACAAAGAUCAUAUAUUGAUCAUAUGAUUAUAUGGUAUUGUAAUCGUGGUUUAUAUGUUCGUUCAUUGGAAAGUACAUCUGGAUACAUUUGUUUAUGUCCAAUUUAUUAUUAUGGUGAUCGAUGUCAAUAUCAACGUAAACGAAUAACUACUAUAUUUCAUAUUGAAUUAACAGGUUCAUUUAAUCGAAAUUUUCCAACAAUGAAAUUUAUUGUUUUAUUAAUACGUGAAAAUGAAAAACGAAUAAUAUUAUCACAUGAACAGUUUCUUUAUUCACCACUUGAAUAUUGUUCACCGAAAUAUAUAAUACAUUUAGUUUAUCCAAUAAAUGAUCCAUUAUCUUUAUAUUCAAAUGAUUCAAUUGAAGUUCUUAUGUUUACUAGUUCAAUUGUUGAACAUCAUUCAAAAUGGAUAUUUAAAAUUCUAUUUCAUUUUUUACCUGUACAACGAAUAGUUAAACGAUUAUUUAUUUCUAAUAUUGAUACUUUUGAUAAUUCAAUUGAAAGAAUAAUUAAUAAAAAGAAUUCAAGUUCAUGUUCAUUGGAUUCAUUUUAUAUUGGUUAUGAUAUAAAUCUUAAUAGAGAUAUUUGUGUAUGUCCAUUAAAUCGUAUUGGUUCUCGUUGUCUAAUUCCAUUUAAUCCAUGUACAAAUUCGAGUUGUAAUUAUCAUGGAGAAUGUUAUCCGAACGAUGAACGUGCUCAUCCACAUUCUCAAUUUCGAUGUAUUUGUGAAUUGGAAUGGUCUGGAAAUCAAUGUGAAAAUAAAAAAUUUCGUUUUCAUGUUUCAUUUACUGAUUCGAAAAUAAUUUCAUCAUCAAGUAUUGCACUUAUUCAUUUAAUUAUUCCAUUAACAUAUCGUGAAGAUUUAUAUUUAACAUCGUUCUAUCGUUUCCAUGAAGAAAUAUUAAAUUUAACAUUUUUAUUUGAAUAUACAUUCGAUAGUUUUGAUUCUCCUGGAUUAAUUUCUUUUAUUCAAUUAUUUAAUGAUCUUAAUCAUGUUAGUUAUUAUUUAUUAAAUAUUAUUAAACAAGUUGACGAAUCAUUAAAUGAAAUGAAUGCUAUUGUUGAUCAAAAGAGUAGAUGUCGAUCAAUAAAUGAAUUAUUGGAUAAAACAAUUCUUUCUCAACCAUAUUUACGUCGUGUUAAAUAUUAUCAACAGAUAUGUCUUAAAAAAAAUUUAAUUGAAAAAUUUCCAUGUUUUUAUGAUGAACAAUUAAUGUGUCUAUGUGAUAAAACAAAUCAUGCUUAUUGUUUUAAUUUAAAUUCAACAUAUAGUGGAUGUCCAUGGAAUAAAUGUAGUGAAAGAGGAAUUUGUAUAAAAGAUAAAGAAUUAUGUCCAACAUAUUCAUUUUGUCUUUGUAAUUCAUGUAGUUAUGGAUCAGUUUGUCAAUUCUCAACUGAAGGUUAUAUACUUUCUCUUGAUGCUAUUAUUGGAUCUCAUAUAAAACCAAUGAUUACAAAUCUAUAUUAUCAAACAACUACUAUUCAAAUAACUUUUAUAAUAAUUAUUAUUUUAUUUAUUAUUGGAAUAAUUUUAAAUAUAUUAACAAUUGGAACAUUUAAUAAUCGAACUACACAAGAAGUUGGUUCUGCAUUUUAUUUAAUAACAUCAGCAUUUCUUGGUCUUUUAAUAAUUAUUUUAUUAAUGGUUAAAAUAAUUUUAUUAUUAUAUGAUAAACAGAAUAAUAUAAGUUGUUCAUUCAUUGAAUUCUCAUUUAAAUGGUUUUUAACAAGUUGUGAAUGGUUAAAUUCAUGUGUUGCCAUUGAACGAUGCUCAGCAUUAUUAUAUAAAACGAAAUUUUCUCGUUUGAAAAGUAAAUAUAUAUCGAAAUGUUUAAUUCCAAGUAUAAUUAUUCUAGUUGGUUUAAUAUCAUCACCAGAAAUAUUCUUUCGACAAAUGAUAAUUGAUGAAGAAGAUAAACGAAAUUGGUGUGUUUUUACUCUUAAUAAUAAUAAUCGGCCGAAGGUUUUUAAAUCUUAUGUUGCAUCAAAUUUAUUUCUAUUCUUUGUACCAAUAAUUAUUAAUUUCGUAAGUAGUUUUAUUAUUCUUCGAAAAACUUUUGAAUUAAAACGAAGAAUGGAAUUAAAUGCUAACAGAAAUACUAAUCAAGCAGAUCCAUGGAGAACACGAUUACUUCUUAUUAAAAAACAAAUUAUGAAACAUAAACAUAUUCUUUUAGGUCCUCUUUUACUUGCUAUUCUUUCAUUUCCUCGAAUUUUAUUUCUUUUUAUAUUUGUAUGUAAAAAACUUGAUCGUCGUCCAUUUUUAAGUUUAUUUGCUUAUUUAAUUAGUUUUAUUCCUUCAAUGACAAUUUUAUUUUUGUUUAUUUUACCUUCAACUGUUUAUCGAGCAGCUUUACGUUCGUUGAUAAAACGAAUUCUUUGCAAUCGUAUUCUAAACUAA